AUCUCAUAAACGCCUAAGCUUUAACUAGACGAAGAAUUAAACCAGAGCAAGAGGAGAACGAGAUCGAGCAAACUAGCAAAAACUGCAAGACACCGUUGGUUUCAGUUUACGCAGUAAGCAUGUGGCGUCCUGUUGCCUUGCUCUGCCUCCUCUCAGUGCUCGCAAGAGCACGUACACUGCCUCGCCUCCCACCUCUGUCAAAUGAGCUUGUCAACUACAUCAACAAGGCCAACACCACCUGGAAGGCUGGACACAAUUUCCCUAAUGCUGACCUGAGCUAUGUAAAGAAACUCUGUGGGACUUUCCUCAAUGGGCCCAAGCUCCCAGUAAUGGUGGAGUAUGCUGGUGAUGUCAAACUACCUGAUAGCUUUGACCCCAGGAAGCAGUGGCCCAACUGCCCGACAAUCCAGGAGAUCCGAGACCAGGGCUCUUGUGGCUCUUGCUGGGCUUUUGGUGCUGCUGAGGCAAUCUCUGACCGGUUCUGCGUUCAGUCUAAUGGGAAGGUCAGUGUUGAGAUCUCUGCGGAGGAUCUGCUCUCCUGCUGUGACUCGUGUGGCAUGGGGUGUAAUGGGGGGUUUCCUUCUGCAGCCUGGAGCUUCUGGACCAAGGAAGGGCUGGUGACGGGUGGAUUAUAUGACUCGCAUGUGGGUUGCCGCCCAUACUCAAUCCCUCCCUGUGAGCACCACGUAAAUGGCUCCCGACCCCCUUGCACUGGUGAAGAAGGAGACACCCCCAAAUGUGUCCUACAGUGUGAGGAUGGAUACAGCCCCUCCUACAAGCAAGAUAAGCACUAUGGGUUGACAUCCUAUGCAGUGCCCUCUUCAGAGAAGCAUAUCAUGACAGAGCUCUACAAGAAUGGGCCAGUUGAGGGCGCUUUUACAGUCUAUGAGGAUUUCCUCAUGUACAAGACAGGAGUGUACCAGCAUGUGAGUGGUGAGGCUGUUGGUGGACAUGCUAUCAAGAUCCUGGGCUGGGGGGUGGAGGGAAGCACCCCGUACUGGCUAGCAGCUAACUCUUGGAACACUGACUGGGGUGAAAAUGGGUUCUUUAAGAUUCUACGUGGACAGGAUCACUGUGGAAUCGAAUCGGAGAUUGUUGCUGGCAAGCCUAAAAGUUCAUCCUCUUCCAACAGGCUUUAAACAGGAAAUCAACAGAAGAUCACCCUCUGUAUCUUCACCAGGGGUGAUUCUAUAGCAACACCAAAUUAUGACAAAUCACCACUUACUGGGGGGCAGGGGAGUAGAUUGGAGCCAAUCCUGCUGUGAGCAUUGUCUUUAAUAUAUGGCUUGGAGAGACGCUUGUUUAGCUGCAAAUAAUGAAAACAUAUGUAAUUCACAUUUAGCGUUUUUAAUUUUCUGGGGUUUUUUAAAUUACUAUUUUCAUUUUAAAAAUCACAAGUAUGAUUUGCAGCUGUAAUGUAAAUAGACAGCUGGUAAAAUUGAUAGGUUGCAGAGACUUUUCAGGGAAGAUUCAAAUCGCAUAAGUUGAGCUGUGAACAGGAUCAGUAGUAGAUCAAUCAUCUUCCACCUUUGACCAGUUAUUAUAAAUGUUUUAUAUUGACCCAGUCCAUAAACUUGAGUAGUAAAACUACUGAUGCUAGUUUUACUACAGUAAACAAACUGUGUUUUUGAAAGAACAUUUUUAAUGCAAAAUAGUGUUAUUCACUGGAUUGUAGCCAAAUUGAAUCAUAAUUUCUUGUUUUAAAUUGAUUUAUUUUUUAAUAAAGAUUUUCUUUUAAUAAACCCAUAA